GUCAGGUAAUUAACAUGUAGUCCGUGUCAUCAAGUGUCUAUGAAUAUUUUUCAGAAGUUAAGCCCAGUAUUUUUUAAAAUGAUUUGUAUAACCCGGCUGCCUGGCUAAUAAAAUCAUGGCUUCCACGCUGAUGAAUCAGGUACAGGUAUCAAGCCUCUCGUCGAUCUCAAAACACUUGCAUCUACCCUCCUUAAAGCAAAAGCCCUUCGCUGAUGCCCAGCGCUCGCCAGCGGGACACUUGCCAUCACAGAAUCGAUGUCAGGCUAAUUGACGUGGAGCAUAGAUUAGAAAACUUGAGUAUGUUGAACCCCAGCUACCGCACGGAACACAAAGCAACAACGUCGUUGAGUCGCUCACUGGAAGAUAUUUCGAUUGAUGAAAUGGUUGAAGAGUGUAUCGGGGUCGAGAAGCGGGAGAUGACUGAGCCUAAGAACUUGGAGGUAUUGGGAGGUGGACCGGUGGCGUCUGGGCUGGUGACCUGGUGUCGAUGUUGGUAUUGCGCCGCUGAAGUCCCAGGUUUGUCUACACAAGGGUUCAAACGCUUGGUCAAACUUCGCAUGCAUAUUUGGCGGCGCCGUCUCGAAGCCGACAAGUACGCUUGCGAACUGGCCAAAGCUGCAGAAGCUUUACGUCCGUCUGAUGACGGAGAUUUGAUGAGCGCGUGUACGACCCCUGUGAGGGCGGAGAGGGGUCAUAGGGACGCCACUGACGUUCAGCGCUGUGGAUGGUUACUAUGGCCAGCAAUUGCGCCAGAGCGCGCUUCCGGCCGCUUCCAAGUUCUUGAUAAGAACUCGCAAAUCUCCAGCUCUCUCCAGCUGUCCUGA